AGCGCCGGAAAACAUCGAAACCCCCAAACCAAACAAAAAAGACACAACCAUGGCCGACGAUGGCAUGCUCCUCAACUUCUCCCUCGGAGACGACAUCAUCAAGCCCGAGCCAAAACUCAAAGGAGGCACAUGGCGCGACCGCCUAAGCGCAAAGAAAAUCACCCAACACCGAACCAAAGCCGGCCCCAAGACACCCGGGGACGAAUCGAAUAAUACGUCGCAGAAUCCGAACCGUAUACAAGUUGCGCAGAGACCCGCAAAGAGGCAGAGGACCGAGGGUGGGGAGGGACCGUCGGAGGGACAUAGACCGUCGCAUUCGCAUUCGCAACGACAAGGGCAAGGACAGCAGCCAAAAGAAUUUAUUUCGUCGCUUUUCUCGAAGAAUCCGCUUCCGCAGACGGCCGAGGAUGAAGACCAGGAUGGAGAGGCUGGUGAAGAUGCGAAACCGACUAAUGCGCCGCUUAUCGAUGGACUUGAUACCUUUACCAGUUUGGGGCUGUCGCCGCAAAUAGCGGCGCAUCUUCUUACGAAACUCGAGUUAAAAGCACCAACCGGUAUUCAAAAAGCGGCUGUUUCGCAAUUGUUGAAGGAGGAUAGCGAUGCGUUUAUUCAGGCCGAAACGGGAUCCGGAAAAACACUGGCGUAUCUGUUACCGCUCGUGCAGCGGAUCAUGGCGAUUUCGCUAGGUAACUCGGAGACGGAUGAGAAGGGACAGCCGGUUGUUCAUCGUGAUAGUGGUCUUUUCGCUAUUGUUCUUGCCCCGACUCGUGAAUUGUGUAAGCAGAUUUCCGUCGUUUUGGAGGGGCUACUGCGCUGUGCGCAUUGGAUUGUCGCCGGGACGGUUAUUGGUGGUGAGAAGAAGAAGUCGGAGAAGGCGCGGUUACGGAAGGGUUUAAAUAUCCUGGUUGCUACGCCUGGUCGAUUGGCGGAUCAUUUGGACAACACGCAGGUUUUGGACGUGAGCAAUGUGCGGUGGUUGGUUCUAGAUGAAGGAGAUCGGUUGAUGGAGUUGGGUUUCGAGAAGGAGUUACAGGGGAUUGUGAAUAAGUUGGACGCGAGACAACGACCGAGUCGCAUCUCGGGUGCUCCUACGAAGAGAACGACGGUUCUGUGCUCUGCUACGUUGAAGAUGAACGUGCAGAAGUUGGGAGAGAUUAGUUUGUCGGAUGCUGUGCACAUCAAGGCUGACCCGGCCGAUGAGGAUGAGGAGAACAAGAAUAAGGACGAAGAAGAUGCUUUCAGGGUACCUGCUCAACUUAAACAGUCUUACGCCAUUGUCGCAGCCAAACUACGACUGGUUACGCUCGAGGCAUUUAUGAAACGGACAUUUAUCCGGAAAGGCUCUGUCAUGAAAGCUAUUGUGUUCGUUUCAUGCGCGGACUCGGUCGAUUUCCAUUUCGAAGUCUUUACAAGACACAAGCAGUUCAGAAACGAAGAAGCCAAAUCUAGCGAUGACGAGAGCUCAGACAAAGAAGAAAAGAAAGAACAGCAACCGCUUUCACCCCACGGCACCAUCGCCCCCGCAACAGCUUUCUCGAACGAAUCGAACCCAGUAACACUGCACAGACUCCACGGCUCCCUACCCCAACACGUCCGAACAGCAACCCUCAACUCCUUCGCCAAGAACCGCGACCCCUCCGUCCUCAUCUGUACCGACGUGGCAUCCCGUGGUCUGGACCUGCCCAACGUCGACCUAGUCGUCGAAUACGACCCCGCCUUCAGCGCAGAGGACCAUCUGCACAGAAUCGGUCGUACAGCCCGUGUCGGUCGCGAUGGUCGCGCCCUGAUCUUCCUGCAACCAGGCAGCGAAGAAGGCUACGUCGACAUCCUAAAGCGCGGCUACCGCGAUGGCGGGAAAGCGCUCACCCGCACAGACGUAAGCGAGAUCCUCAAGCGCGGCUUCGGUGGAAACGUCGAGUCCGCAAGUCACGAUUGGGAACAAAAGGCGGGUGAUUGGCAGAUUGACGUCGAGCGCUGGGCAAUCGAUAACCCGCAGUAUCUCGAGAUGGCGCGGCGGGCGUUCCAGUCGCAUAUCCGGGCGUAUGCUACGCAUAUCGCCAGCGAGCGGAAUAUGUUCAACAUCAAGGAAUUGCAUCUUGGACAUCUGGCGAAGAGUUUUGCACUGCGUGAUCGGCCUAGUAAGGUCAAUGUGCCUGGUCUGCGCCAAGGACAGGAUGCCACGAAGAAAGAUUACAAGGCAGAUAGGAAGUCGACGGCCGGGAAGAAGAGGAAGGCUGGGUCCGGCGGCCGCGAUGACGAUGAUGAUGUCCCGGCGCAGACGGAUGCUUCUAUUGCAGCGAAGAAGAUGAAGGCCAAGAUGAGGGAGCAUAUGGCUGGGGCGAGCGAGUUUAACCUUGCAUAGUCUGGCCCGUAUAUAGAAGUUGUAAAAAGCGAUCAUUCAAUAGAUAUCCCAUAAUGAAAUCUUUCCAUCUUUCGAGCCGGCAGCUAGCCAAUGGGUUUUUUGUGCCUUUCGAUUUCUUUGUUGUUGGACAGCUGCGAGUGAACCCUCAUUUCGUUUCGUAAGUUGCGUGUCUUUCUCGUCCCCUGGCUUGGACUCUGCAUUGGUCGUAGGUGAAGCAGUAGAACCAUCACCAGAGACCUCCGCAAACGCAACAGCAUAACACCCAUCCUUAUGCCACUUAAGCACAGCGAGCUCCUUCAUCGACUUGCACGAAUACACCCUAGUCCUGGCAUCCCACCCCGCAGUCGCAAAUAUCUUCCCAUCAGAACGUAUACGCAGACCCUGUUGUCCAGCAUGUUUCGUGCUGAUCGUUUUCAAUGCCUUUUCCUCCGCAUGACCCACGCCCACAAGACCCGCAUUAGGAAUAGGAUGUUUCACCAAUAC